AUGCUCUUUAGACAAAAUGAAAAAGUUCCCAAAAAAGGAAAGGAUAGCUUUCGUGAGUUCAUGAAAAGAGAAAAAGAUUCUUGCUAACAGACUUAAAUGAAACUCUCAACAUUUAUCCAUAAAACUGUUCCAAAUGAUUAAGUAAAAUCUUAAUUAAGUUCUGCUCCAUACGCCUUAGAUGGUUAAUUGAUCAGGUUGGGUAAUACAUGGGAUGCCAAACAUUUAGGAAUUUUUCUUUAAAAAAUUUAAUAUGCUUCAACUAGUGAAAGCUCUCUCCUAAUUACUGAACCAGUAGUAGUCUAAAAUACCACUAAAAACUAAAGUUUUUUUUUCAGAAAUUAAAAACCUCGAAAUUCAGAAGAUUAUGUGGAUUAUUUACAUUAACAUACAAUCAAUCAUUUAAUAAGUGAUCAUCCAACCCUAAAAAAUGGAACCUAAUUUUUGCAAAAGAAACUCCUAUCUGUGCCUGAUAAAACAUUUGAUGAGUCUAAACUAAAUUACGAAACAGAGUCAAAAUUGAAAAAACCAAAAGAAUAAUUUUAGGACAUGUUGGUUGCUAAGGAAAAUCAAAGGAAAUUUCACCAAUGGAGAUCAGAAUUUCAAGAUGUUAAUCGAGCAUUCAAAAAGGCUAAACAAUGUUUUAAAAGUGGAUUGUAUGCUUUAGAUAAUCCUUUAAAUGAUAACACAGAGCUCUAUAAGGAAGAAAAUGCUAAAUUAAGAGGAUAAGAAAAGCAAAGUCUGAGGAAAUAAUUGGAGAGAUAUAAAUCACUUGAAAAAUUUAAUUCAAGCAAUCCCUCCAUUGAAUUUUAGAAUAUAGCUCAUAAACCAUUAAGCUCUAAAUAAUCAGAUCCCUUAUUUACAAAAAUAAACUUCCCUUCUCAAAACUUUGAGUUGCAUGAUAAAUGGAAGAUGAAAAAAAUGAUAGAAUAAAAUAUUGAUACUAAAAGUAGAAUAUUUGGAGAAAAUUCUAAAAAUAAGGCUAAUCCUCACAGAACUGUCUUUUCGAGAGAACAAGAUAUUAGAGACAAAUACUAAAAUCCUGUACACCUAACAUAAAGUUUAAUUGGUUGA